AUGUUGGGCAUGGUCCUUUUCCAGGUCUUCGUGAGCGUGGAGGCUGGAACAGCCGUGAUCUUCUCGCUUCUACCACCCAUCCUACACUCCCAGCGCAUGAUCUUCCAGCGAUUCUUCGCAGCGUGCCAAGGGACGCCGGACCUGGAGAAGCUAUUGGAAAGAAUGGCCAUCUCUUUCUGCCUCAUGCUGGCCGAGGACGUUUUUCUCAGUAUUCUGUGGUUGAAGGACGACCUACCCUUGACCAAGGCCUUCGACCUAAUGUUUUGGAAGAAAAGCACCUGGUCCAUCCUUUCAAUCUCAUACCUGGGAAUCUUCUUGACCAUCUUCACUGCAGCCGCGCUGUUGCCGGAACAGAUGGCUUGUCAAGACCCCUUGGAUGUGUGUUCUUGCUCGAAGGCGCAGAUGUUUGCGGAGCUUUGUGGCUGCUGUGGGGUGAACAUGACCGACAAUCCCACCUGUCAAUCCAUGACGUCGUAG